AUGAAUUUUGGUGUUGCAAUUCUUCCACCGAGGACUGUCUUCGACUUCCAAAAGUUACACCUCUCAACCACAACGGUAGUUUCGUGUUGAAACCUUUCUCAAUGACAGAAUUUAUUGGUUCUCGUAUUAGUCUGAUUAGUAAAUCAGACAUUCGAUAUGUGGGUAUCUUGCAAGAUAUUAACUCCCAAGACUCUACCCUAGCUUUAAAGCAUGUUCGAUGGUGCGGUACGGAAGGUAGAAAACAGGAUCCAUCCCAAGAAAUUCCGCCGUCCGAAAAUGUGUUUGACUACAUCGUCUUUCGUGGAAGCGACGUUAAAGAUUUACGUAUAGAGGAGCCAGCUACUACUCCAGCACCUCCUCCUGUUCAACCUCCCAAUGAUCCUGCUAUUGUCGGGUCAAAUAGUGGUCAGUUUGGUUGGAACCAACCUGGUGCUCCCCCAAAUCCUCAGUCAAUGCAGCCUAACCCUUACUACAACAUGUAUGGACCCAAGACGGGUGCUCCAUAUAAUCCUAUAGCAGGUGCUGCUCCCUACUACAUGUAUGCAAAUACAGGGGGAGCUCCCUAUGCUCCCUCAGGUGCUGCUCCUUUGGGGACUCCAAUGGAGACUUCUACCCCUGCUGUACCCUAUUAUAAUGCUCCUGUAGAUCAGCAACAAGUUUCCCAACGUCCAGAUAUGCCUCACCCAGGUGUCACCCAGCCCCUUCCUGGACAAUCUCCAUUCAUGUCCAGACCAGGGUUCGACAUCCCGAGUGGCCAAAAACCUAUGACUCCAAACCUCCCCAAUGCUAAUGUUGCACCUAUUGCUUCUCCUUCUGUUACUCCCUUAGCACCUAGCGGUGCUACAACAAUUGCCUCCGCUCAAGUUAACAAUGAAGGUGACAGAUCGGUUAAAUCAGUUUCUGUAAACAGCGAACGUGUUGUUGAUGCCACAACUGUGCCCGCAGCUUCUCAAGUUGGAGGCGCUGUUCAACCUUCUCAUUCAUUGACUGCCUCUGUCAGUGUGCCUAAAAACGAAAAAGGCGAAUUUGACUUCCAAUCUGCUAAUGAAAAAUUCCAAAGUCUUAAGAAUGAACUUAACAACGAAGAAGACCAAAUUCAUCAGGACUUUUACAAACCCAAUCAGUCUUUCUUUGACGAUAUUAGCUGUGAAAGCAAAGAGAAAAAUAUAGAAGCCUUUGACCGUCGCUCUUUACGCGACCGUGAACGCUCCUUGAAUUUGGAAACCUUUGGAGUUGCUUCUAGUGGUGGCCGAGGACGCCGUGGUCGUGGUCGCGGUCGCGGUCGCGGCCGUGGCCGUGGUCGUGGAGGAUACUCAAGAGGUUAUUAUUAUCAAAGAAACAACGGGGUACAUAAUGCUCCUAAUGCCCAACAAUAAAUUUGUGGAUAUGGAUACCAGUAUUCAGCCAAUUGAAUAGUUCGGAAAUUCACCUUAUCGCUCUUUCCUUGCGAUCUUUGAGACAUGAAAAAAUAUGUUUUCUGUCACAUAGAAUUGAAUGUCUAUGGACGUAAAAAAUAUUUUGGAGAUAACGAAUAGAGAAAGUCAAUUUGUAAGUACCAUCAAGUGCUUUUUUUAUUCGAAUGAGUCAACGAAAAGGUAUUUUUUCAACGAAUAUAUUUAAGCGUAAAUGAAGUUUAUUUUGAAUCUGUUUUAGAAGGUUUUACGAAGGAAUCAAAAACUAGUAUUACAGAACGCGAGGUUUACUAAACCAAUGGGUUUCCUACUUUGUCCAACAUUCCCUCAUAGAAAGAGGUUAAAUCAUAUUUUGUUAAUCUAUUAUUUUAAAAGAAAAAAGCAGUGAAAAUUGGUACUUUAUUGAACGCUUUUUCUGUAUCCAGCAACGAUAACAACGACAAGAAACUGCGAUGUUUUACUUAAAAUAUCCGUUAUAUUAUUGAUUGAAACAUUAAAUCCUUCUUUACCUAAACUAAGUAUGGACUAAAGAUUCGUAAAAGCAAGAUGAAAUAUGAAAGGUUAAGAGAAACAUGGAUUAAAAUAGAAAGGUUCCAGCGAAAGAGGCAAGCGCAGAAGUGCACAAUAAAACACUUCGGAACAAACUUUUCAUGCUCCAUUUAUUAAGCAAUUUCCGAAAAGUCUCCGUUGCGUCUGUAGACCUCAAAACUUUGUCUGGAUUCAUACUAAGCAGUGUGCUAUUGGUAUUCUUCAUGAACAUUAGAAUGUAAAUAACAAUGAGCGCACUACAUGUUCCAGAUAUAAUGUAUAGGUUGGAAGACAAGACACUACGCCGUCUUUCCCAAUAGGCCAAACAUCCUUGGACUACCGUACUUCCGAUAGCAAUAAAAGGGAAAGUUCGUUUGCCAAGCGUAUACAUAUAUUUAAAUUGAACAAGUCCAAUGUCUGCAGGUGCUAAUAAAAUAAGAGGAACCACUUGAGCAGAAAUAUAACCAAUGGCACCAGCGCUCAUGCUAGGAGCCAGAAUGCCGGCCGCUUGAAAAAGGUAGACCAAAUUUAAAUUCAUUUUCAAUUACAA